UGUUUGCGAGUCAACACGCAGGCAAAGGCGUAAAAAGACCGCGGGCAAACAUGGACAACCCGGAGCAGGAGCUAAACUUCCACGAGCUAGAGUUGGACGAUCGUUUGCUGAAGGAUAUCGCUCGCUUGGGAUGGAUAUCUCCGACACUCGUGCAGGAGAAGGCCAUACCGUUCCUGCUGGAGGGCAAGGAUGUGUUGAUUCGUGCACGCACCGGCUCCGGAAAGACGGCCGCUUUUGCCAUCCCCAUCAUACAGAGUAUCCUUAGCCGUAAGGGUGAAUCGGCCCUCCGUGAGACGUCGGUACUCGUGAUGGCACCGAGCCAGGAUCUGUGCCAUCAGAUCAGCAAAGUUUUCAGUGAGCUAACAUCCUCGUGUGGCGCCUUGGUACGCGUGGUCGAUCUUUCGUCGAAAGAAGAUCGUGCCACACACCGGCACUUGCUGGCCGAACGACCCGAUAUUAUAGUUUCAACACCGGCAAAACUACGCACCGUGCUGACCGACGGAACGCUAAACGUUCGUGAAAGCCUGCGCUGUGUUACGAUCGACGAGGCCGAUCUUAUGUUCUCCUUCGGAUUCGAGAAAGAUCUUCAGGAAGUAUUGAAACAUUUUCCACCAGUGCAUCAGUCGGUGCUGUGUUCGGCCACACUGGAGCAAGAUGUGGAGUCACUCAAGAAGUUGAUUCUUCACAAUCCGGUCGUGCUGAAGUUGGAAGAACCGGAUCUGGUGAUCGGGAGCCAGUUGACGCACUAUCAGGUCGAAGUGGAAGAAGUCGACAAGGCAGUGGUUCUGUACACGCUCCUUAAACUGAAGCUAAUUCAGGGCAAGUGCAUCAUCUUCGUUAAAUCUGUCGAGCGGUGCUACAGAUUGAAACUAUUUUUGGAACAGUUCAACAUUCGCUCGUGCAUCCUGAAUUCCGAGCUACCGAUCAAAAUCCGCUGCCAUGCAGUCAGUCAGUUCAAUCAGGGCGUCUACGACACGAUCAUUGCCUCCGACGAGCUGAUGACGGACAAUCCGGAGCGGGUAAGCAAGAAAAAAGCGAAAAAAGUGUCCACCAAAAAGCUUCUGCAACAGAGCUCCGAAGCGGAAUCGAGCGUUUCGCGUGGUAUCGACUUCCAGUGCGUGUCGUGCGUGAUAAACUUUGACUUUCCGAGCGACAUCAACUCGUACAUCCAUCGGGCAGGACGUACGGCGCGUGGUAAGAAUAAUGGCAGCGUGCUGUCUUUGGUGGCCAACGAUGAGGUCGAGCGCAAACGAGAGGUAGAAGAAUUCCUGCAAGGACUGGCGGCCGACGAAGGAUUCACGAUGAAGGAUUUCCAGUUCAACUUCAACGAGGUAGAAGCGUUCAGGUACCGUGCAAAGGAUGCCUGGAGAGCCAUCACAAAGUUUUCGAUCCGAGAGGCCCGCAUCAAAGAGCUGAAGGCAGAAAUGUUUAACUCGGAAAAGUUGAAGUCUUUCUUUGAGGAAAAUCCACGGGACCUGCAAACGCUGCGACACGAUCGUUCCCUGCACACAGUGCGCGUCCAAGAACACCUGGGGGACGUGCCGGAUUAUCUUGUUCCACCGUCGCUACGAUCAAUCGUGGCGUUCACCAAUACGCGGCGCAACAAGAAAUCAUCUACCGAUUGGCGAACCGCCCGAUUCCAACGGAAACGAGCCUCGAAAGUGGACAAUCCGUUGCUGAUGGACGGGAUGGACUACGGGAAGAAGCGGAGAGUGUAAACAUCAAAGCGCACCAACAUAAUGUUACUAUCAUUUUGGUUUAUUAAAUAAAUCUGCUUGCUAUCGCGAGCAGCU